AGACCUAGGCUCCUCUCAGCCUUCGAAUCAGAUCCCACCCAUGCCGCAUCCACAUUCGGGGUGCACCGCCCGGUCCACGGAACCUACUCAGAUCUCGAAACUGCGCAGUUGCAUAUGGGCGGCCGUUGGUCGUUGACAACAGCAGUUGCCGGAUGGGGCGAUAGCAGUUACGGGGAUGGAGGGUAGGAUAUAUAGGUAUGCAGGGACCCGACAUGAUUCCUCCCGCCCCUGUUUGCUUCGAGUUCGAUCCGGGUUCAUUUACGCUGCUGUAACUGGGUUGCUCCUUAGACUGCAUUUCUCAUGAUGUCUUCCAGCAACGACAGUUCGACGGUUGAUGACCUCCAAAAGGUCGCCAAAGAGGAGGAGCAGCAACUCACACCCUCCUUCACGCCCACCUUACCCGAGCGUCUCGGCAUCGGUGCCUUCAAGCUUUUGAACCGAGUGGUGCCUUGGUACAAGCUGCCCGGCUUCAUUGGGGCGUUCAACCUUGCCUUUCUGCGCAUUGAGCUCCGUCAGUUUAACCUCUACGACGGUUAUGCCUCGCCCGAGGCUCAGGGAAACGCUAGGGACCACCCGCUUACAGACGAACGCUACCGUAGCGCCCGCCAUUCGGAUGGCAAGUUCAACUCACUGGAGCAGCCCCUGAUGGGCUGUCGUGGAAUGCGAUUCGGUCGUAAUUUCCCCAGGCACCUAACCCCUAGGCCCACCGAAGAAGAGCUUUGGACUCCGAAUCCUCGCAUGAUUAGCGACAGGUUCAUGGCUCGCCGCGAUGGGCGUUUUAUCCCGGCAACGACGUUGAACAUGCUCGCUGCUGCCUGGAUCCAAUUCCAAAUACAUGACUGGUUCAACCAUAUCGAGAGCAACGAGAAGUUCAAGGUCCCCCUUCCAGAGGGCGGGGAUCCAUGGCCCCAUUCACACAUGGAGCUGUUCCGGACCAAGGCAGACGAAGUACGGGACCCUUCUGACGUCAAGUGCCCUGGCUACAAUAAUGAAAACACGGCUUGGUGGGAUGGCUCGCAGAUCUAUGGUUCGAGCGAGAAAGCCACCGAAGCUCUCCGAACGAAGCUCCCCGAUGGAAAGCUGGAGCUUGACGAGCGUGGGACUGUGUCCUUCCUCCCCCGGGAUAAGGAUGGAAACCCGCUGACAGGCUUCAACAAUAACUGGUGGAUUGGCAUGGAAAUGCUGCACACCCUCUUUGCGCUGGAGCAUAACGCUAUCUGCGAUGCCCUGAAGGCGGCGUACCCGGACAUGACUGGAGAUCAAAUAUUCGACAAGGCUAGGCUUGUAAACUGCGCCCUGAUGGCCAAGAUCCAUACAGUUGAAUGGACUCCUGCCAUCCUGGCGCAUCCCGCCCUACAAAUCGGCAUGAGCGCCAACUGGUGGGGCAUCGUCGGUGAGAAGCUCACCAAGAUGCUCGGGCGGAUCUCCAAGACCAGCGAAAUCAUCAGCGGCAUUCCGGGCAGCGGGCCGGAGCAGGACGGUGCGCCGUUCUCUUUGACCGAGGAGUUUGUCUCUGUGUAUAGGAUGCACUCACUCAUGCCAGAAAGCAUCGCAUUCUUCUCGUCCGCAUCUGGAUCUCACAUCUCGACCAUUCCCGUCCCAUCCCUGACCUUCUCCAAAGCCCAAGAACCGCUCGCCUCCGGCCUCGUUACUUUCCCAGACGUCUUCUACUCCUUCGGCAUCAACUACCCCGGCGCAAUCACAAACAACAACUACCCCUCCUUCCUACGGGAACUGCCAACACCAGACGGGCAGCUCCGCGAUCUCGGAACAGUCGAUAUCCUCCGUGACAGGGAGCGCGGCGUACCCCGCUACUGCCAGUUCCGACGUCUCCUGCGCAUGUCGGUCCCCAAGACCUUUGAGGAGCUGACAGGCGGGAACGUGGAGCUUGCCAAGGAGCUGGAGGAGGCCUAUAACGGCGACAUCAACCUCGUCGACGCGCUCGUGGGGUCUCAUUCCGAGCCUGUCAUCCCGGGGUUCGGGUUCAGCGAGACUGCGUUCAGGGUCUUCCUUCUUAUGGCUUCGAGAAGGCUGAAGAGUGAUCGGUUUAUUGCUGGGGCCAGCGAGUUUGGGCCGGGGACUUACACAAGGGUUGGGUUUGACUGGCUGCAGAAUACGGGGAUGAAGGAUGUGCUGAAGAGGCAUUUCCCGGAGUUGAAGGGCGUUUUGGAGGCUGGUGGGGAGAGGAAUGUCUUUGCGCCGUGGGUCAUGAUGGAGGAGAGCAAGAAGUAUAAUGGGGUGGAGACGAAUGCGCCGGCUUGAGGGCGCGGGGAUUGUAUGAUGGGGUUCGUGUCGACUCCGGCCUGACAAGGUAUGAUGUUGGAUCUACUGCUGGGUGCACUUACUACUAGUAAUGCUAAGGCAAGUCUGACAAGAUGCGGAUUCUGUCACUGUAAUGGAUAACAACAAGGCACAGCCUGUAAUCUGUUCUCCCGAUUUUUGUCCAUGCCUCUUCUGCCCCUAGAUACUGUACCUUAGGCCAUAUGGCAUAUGCUGCUGGCGCCAUGAUAGUGAUGUUCAAGACUAGCCAGG